CUGCUCCUCUUCCUGUCCUCAUGUGAAACCGGCUCGUGAGUCCAAAUUAACCCGCUUCAUUUACACUGAAACGAAACCUCACUUUAUUUCAGCCUCUCAGUCUCCUCCACCAACAUGUCGUGCAGCAGCCCGUCUGUGCUGCUCUUCCUGCGGCGCUGCGUCUCUCUGCGUCACGUAACGUCGUCUGCAGGUAUCAAAACAUCCAGAAGCGGCGUGCUGUCAGCCCGGUGUGGGUUCAUCCAGAACCGGACACCGACCACCAGGACCGGCUGUCUGCGGAGCUUCUGUCAGCUGCAGACCGCGUUAAAAUACAGCCAGAACAGCCUCUGUACCAAGGCAGGGGCUCCUUUUGAGGAUGAAUACCCUCCACUGCCGGCCUAUCAAGGUGAUUCAGAGCCGGAGAAGAAAGACGUGUACAUCAUACAGGUCAAAGGUCUCCCGUGGUCGUGCACCACUCAGGACCUCCUGAAGUUCUUCUCAGAGUGCAGGAUCCGUAGCGGGGAGAUGGGGAUCCACCUCACAGUAGACAGGCAGGGGAGGCCGUCGGGACGAGCCUUCAUCGAGAUGGAGCACGAGGAAGACGUCAGCAAAGCUCUGGAGAAGCACAGACAGUACCUCGGUCCUCGCUAUGUCGAAGUGUUUGAAGUGACAGACGCUGAUGCUGAAUCCCUCCUGAAGAAAGUCAUCCAUCCUCCAGCUGAUAACGGAGUGGUGCGGAUCAGAGGUCUCCCCUUCACCUGCACCGAGGCCGACAUCGUUAACUUCUUUUCAGGUCUUGAUGUAGUAGAGAACGGGAUCAGCAUCGUCGUGAACAACAGAGGAAGGAGGUCUGGUGAAGCCUACGUGCAGUUUUCCUCCCAAGAAGCAGCUGAUCAAGCUCUGCAGAGAGACAGAGAAGUCAUUGGAAACAGAUACAUCGAGGUGUUUCCCAGUAAUAAGAAAGAAAUCCUUUCAAGUUGGAGGAGGAAUACGCCGAAUUCAGCUUCUCCAGAGAUGAGCUCGGAGUCAACGACCAGGAAGUCCUUCGCUGCCACAAUGGCUGACACUAGAACUGCUCCAUCAGGAUCCUCUCAGAGAUCGUCCGCAACGCUUCAUUACAUCCACAUGAGAGGACUUCCUUUCAACUCGUCCGGAGAAGACAUCGUGAAGUUCUUCUCUCCUCUCAUUGUGUCGAAGAUCCUGAUCGAGUGCGGUCCUGACGGGAGGCCGAGCGGAGAGGCCGACAUUUACUUCAGCUGCCACCAGGACGCCGUGGUCGCCAUGUCCAGAGACAGGAUGCACAUAGGAGAAAGAUACAUCGAGUUAUUCCUGAACUCUCCACCAGACUCUGAUGGAAGGUGAAUGCUGAUUUCAAGAUGCCAAAUAAACACACAGAAGACUAAUCUACUAUAUUUAUUUCCCAACAUCAAACAACCCGUCCC